AUGAAUUUUAUAAUGAAGCCAACAUGGCGAGUUUUCUUCCUACGAACUAUCAUCCAACAGAAGUACCGAAACCUUUCAUGCAUUUCCCACUCUAUUUCGUUGCCAACUCUGUCGGCAAACGAGGUUCAGGAGCUCUAUGGCAUUGUUACGACCCCCAUUGGUGGUCUUGAUGAUUUGGAAUCAAGUUUGAGUAAUUUCACUGCUUCUUUAUCAUCUUCGCUUGUUACCCAAGUCAUUGAUUCUUGCAAAGCCGAAGCAUCCACCAGAAGAUUGCUCAGAUUCUUUCUAUGGUCUCGCAAUAAUUUGAAGAGCAACUUGGAAGACAAGGAUUAUAAUUAUGCAAUACGGAUUUUUGCCGAAAAGAAGGAUCAUACUGCAUUAGAUAUAUUGAUUUCGGAUCUUAAGAAGGAGGGUCGGGCAAUGGAGACCGAAACUUAUGGUAUUGUAGCUGAGGCAUUGGUUAAGAUGGGGAGAGAAGAUGAGGCAAUAGGCAUUUUUAAGAACUUGGAUAAGUACAAUUGCCCCUUAGAUAGGUUCACAAUCACAGCUAUUGUCAGUGCACUUUGUGCCAAGGGACAUGCUAAGAAGGCAGAAGGUGUAGUCUGGCACCAUAAGGAUAAGAUUUCCGGGCUAGAGCCUUGCAUUUAUAGAAGUCUUCUCUAUGGUUGGUCUGAGCAAAAGAAUGUGAAAGAGGCAAGAAGGAUUAUCAAAGAGAUGAAGUCAGCUAGGAUCAAGCCAGAUUUAUUUUGUUACAACACAUUCCUUAGGUGCCUUUGUGAGAGAAACGUUCAACACAAUCCGUCCGGCCUUAUGCCUGACUCUUUAAAUGUUAUGAUAGAGAUGAGGUCUUAUGGGAUUUCCCCAACCUCCAUUAGCUACAACAUAUUGCUAUCAUGUCUAGGGAGGGUAAGAAGAGUUAAAGAAUCCUGUCAAAUUCUCGACAAAAUGAAAAAGAGUGGUUGUUCCCCAGAUUGGAUGAGCUAUUAUCUAGUUGUUAGAGUGUUGUAUUUAACCAAGAGAUUUGGUAAAGGAAAUAAGAUGGUGGAUGAGAUGAUUGAAGAAGGUUUGGUACCUGAUCGUAAGUUCUACUAUGAUUUGAUCGGUAUUCUCUGUGGAAUGGAGAGGCUAGAGUAUGCACUUGAGCUAUUUGGCCGAAUGAAAAGAAGCUCACUGGGUGGUUAUGGACCAGUUUAUGAUGUGCUCAUACCAAAGCUUUGUAGAGGAGGGAACUUCGAAAGGGGUAGGGAGCUGUGGGAUGAGGCCAUGAAUAUGGGUGUUAGUCUUUGCAGCUCGAGCAAUGUUUUAGACCCCUCAGUCACUGAAGUUUUUAAGCCAACAAGGAAAGUGGAAAAAAUCAGUCUCGUAGGCUGCACUUCAACCAAAGUUAAGGGGAUGGCUAAGAAAAAUACAGGACAGACAAUGAAGAAGAAACAUAAGAAGAUGACUUUGAAGAAAUCGGAAAAAAAAAAAGGAGGAUAAGAAGUAACAGCAGAAAUUCUGGUGUAAUCAAAUUGUUAUUUAUACGCUUAGCAGUUCUACUUCUCUUUGCUGUGUUUCUUGUGCUGAGCAUAUAAAAAAUUGUGAAUGAAACACCUUAAAAUUACUUCCCAAGCAUAAAACUCUUGGCAGUAUUUACUCUUGGUAGUAUUUAUUGUUAGAAUAUGACAAAUACAAUUUGCAAAUGGUUAAUGGCUUUUCUUAUAAUUAUGGUGAAAAACGUGCU